AAAAGAAUAAAUAAAUACCCUAGCCUUCGGUGGGUGCACACCCAACCCCCCCGCCGCCGCUCGCCCGCCUGCCGGCGAAGCGCGCGGCGAAGAGAUGGCGUUGUACCUGCUCUUCGAGGUGGCGUCGGGGUACGCUCUCUUCCACGCGUACGGCAUCGACGAGAUUGGGCAGAGCGUGGACGCCGUCCGCGCGUCCGUGCUGGACCUGCAGCGCUUCGGCAAGGCCAUCAGACUCACCGGCUUCUCCCCCUUCUCCUCCGCCAUGGACGCGAUCAACCAGUGCAACGCCAUCUCCGAAGGGAUCAUGACCGACGAGCUGAGGAACUUCCUGGAGCUCAAUCUGCCCAAGGUGAAGGAGGGAAAGAAGGCCAAGUACAGUCUCGGUGUCACGGAGCCCAAGGUCGGGUCCCACAUCACUGAGGCCACGGGGAUCCCCUGCCAGAGCAAUGAGUUCGUCCAAGAGCUGCUCCGAGGAGUGCGGCUGCACUUCGAUCAGUUUAUCGACCAACUCAAGAAAUCUGACCUGGAGAAGGCUCAGCUAGGCCUGGGGCAUAGUUAUAGCAGGGCCAAGGUCAAGUUCAAUGUGAACCGUGUGGAUAAUAUGGUGAUUCAAGCUAUCUUUCUGUUGGACACACUCGAUAAGGAUAUCAAUUCCAUCUCCAUGAGAGUGAGGGAGUGGUAUUCGUGGCAUUUUCCAGAGCUAGUCAAAAUUAUAAAUGACAAUUACCUCUAUGCUAAGAUUGCCAAGUUUGUGGUAAACAAAUCUGAUUUAGCAGAAAAAGACAUUCCAGCUUUAGCAGAUCUAAUUGGAGAUGAGGACAAAGCGAAAGAAAUUGUUGAAGCGGCAAAGGCAUCUAUGGGCCAGGAUCUUUCACUAGUUGAUUUGAUCAAUGUACAACUGUUUGCCCAAGGGAUCAUGAAUCUGUCUGAAUACCGUAAAAAGCUCUAUGAGUAUCUCGUAACAAAGAUGAACGAUAUUGCACCCAACCUGACGUCUUUGAUUGGUGAAGUUGUUGGAGCUCGACUAAUCUCUCAUGCUGGCAGUCUUUCCAAUCUUGCCAAGUGUGCUGCCUCCACUCUUCAAAUACUUGGCGCUGAAAAGGCACUUUUCAGAGCGCUGAAAACUCGUGGAAAUACACCAAAGUAUGGCCUCAUAUUCCACUCAUCAUUCAUUGGUCGUGCAUCAGCUAAGAACAAGGGUCGAAUGGCUCGAUACCUGGCAAACAAGUGUUCCAUUGCUUCACGCAUUGAUUGUUAUUCAGAGUUGAAUACAUCCAUUUUUGGACAGAAGCUGCGUGACCAAGUUGAGGAGAGACUAGACUUCUAUGACAAGGGUGUUGCACCUCGGAAGAACCUUGAUGUGAUGAAAGCCGCCAUUGAGGGUAUUAGUGCGGUUUCGGAGGAUGUUGAUGGUAAUGAGAAGAAUGAUGUGUCUGCUAAGAAAGGCAAGAAAAAGAAGUCUAAAACUCAGACUGACGGUGAAGCAAUGGAUGUUGAUAAGCUUGCCGAUGGAGAAGAUGAACCUCAAACUGAGAAGAAGAAAAAGAAGAAGCACAAGCGUGAGGAGCCACAGGAUGAAGAGAUGGCCACUGAGCCACUCAGUGAUGAUGUCAAACAAGAUGAGACUCCAAAGAAGAAGAAGAAAAAGAACCAUGAGGCAACUGAGGAUGUUGAGCCUAAGAAGAAGAAGAAAAAGAACCGUGAGGCAUAUGAGGUUGUUGAGCCUAAGACAGCCACUGAAGGGAAGAAGAAGAAAAAGAAGAAGUCCAAAACCGAGGACAGUGAUGAGUAGUCAUUUUAGCAUCUCAAAUUUAAGUGGUAUUUAAUGAUGUUAAUAAUCUUGAAUCUGAUUUAUAUACAUCAAUUGAACCAAUUGGGCCUCAAUUAGGCCCCGUUCGGUUAGGGUGGAAUGGGUCCAAGAACUGUUCCAGCUGAUGAAUCUUAUACAAAUUUGUGAACCAAUCUAGCUAGGAAUGGUUCCAGGCCUUCAUUCCUGAAGAAACGAACAAGGUCUUAAGCUUUUCAUGUGUUGGCAAUGCUGCACAUGCUAUUAGCCCCUUGCUGAGUUUACUGUGUAACGAUUAACGAGGCAAUGGUUCAUGAAUUUGAUGGUAUAGUUGUUGCCAUUA